GCUUCUUUUGCCACAAUUGCACAUUAUAAUUAAACGAUGCUUUUUGACUGAAAUCCUUGAUCAAUUCCGUUCAGUACAUUCUCUUUCAUUUCAAUCUUGGUUGAUUGUGAAGUUUACAACUGGAUGUGUUAAACUCAUCACACGUGUUGCGUUGCGUUUCUCACAGAUGCCUAGUGGAAGGUGCCGAAGAAUUCAUUAUUGAGCCAAUCAAUAUGGCAGACGUCAAACGAUUGCGGGGUCACACAAGGCCUGUCCACAUAACUUUGGACACUUCUUUGGGAACCGCUAGUGAAAACUCAGGUUCCACUUGUGGCUCUAAGAGGAAAAUGGUGGAACCAACUGAACCUUCAGAAGGGAACAGCCCCGAGAGAAAGCCUCGCCUGAGUGAAGGAUCUGUUUUAUAAUCUUAAGUGUGGGUCGUUGUGGGUCAUUGACUAGAAGACCAUUUGGACUUGUGCAUGAGGAACGGGAGUUUGGCUGCAUGCUGCGGACACGGCUGCGGUGAAGAAGGAAAAAAAAACAACCAACGGAACAGCGAGCAAGAGGCUUUGGCCGCAUGCAUUGCUAGCAAGGUAACUACGGUGUCGCAAUUCUCCUCAGUCAUUAAAUCGAUUCUCUCGAAGUCACCUCCUAAUUCGUCGAAAACAAGAUGGUGUAUUGACACUAGACGGGCUUGUUACCCAGGAGUUCGUCCCCUUGCACACAGUGCUAGAGAGGAUGCAGAGCUUCCUCUGAAAACUAAUGCAUUCCUUCAAAUCGGUAGGCUUUCUGCCGGAUGAGCUCUCGCUGUCAAAGAUUGGAAACUACGAAGUAACAGCAGAUUUGAGUCUAUGGAAGAAGAACUGAGGUUGAGGAAGAAGGGAUUGGGACCCCUGCUGGGACAAGAGAGAAAGGAUCUGGUUAAGUCAAUUAUAAGUUUUGGGUGUGUUUAGACAUCACAGAUGUGCAUAUAGUAACUUUGGGCGUGUUUGUAGCCUGAGCCUAUUUAUAAUAGUACAAUGUAUUAUUU